AUGUGCCGUGUUAUGAACUUCAGAAAUAACGAAUUUGUUGGAAUAACUGGACGACCUGAUUUUGUUAAAACACUUCAAGGAAAAAAAUUUUUAGUCAAUAAAAAAUCUUCCGCAAUCUGUUUGAAGCAUUUCACUGCCAAAGAUUUUGAGCGAUGUCUUACCACUGAUCAGUUGCGUGGUUUCGAUAGAAAAUUUUCAAGAACAUUGAGACAGGAUGAACAUGGGAUAAAUGCCUUUCCAACAAUUUACCCCCAGCAGUGGAAGCAGGAAGACUUAUAUGGCCCCUCAUCAUCUUCAUCGCCAGCAAAGGCAACAAAGCCUGGCAGAGGCAGCGCCCAUCGACAGUUUAUACGUGAUGUUCUUCGGGAAGAUGUAAGCCUGCCUGCAGUCUCAGAAAACGAUGAUCAAAGUGUUCCUGAGGAGAAUGAGCAAGAAACUUUCCUAACUGAAAAUGAACUACAUUUCACUGCCAAAGAUUUUGAGCGAUGUCUUACCACUGAUCAGUUGGGUGGUUUCGAGAGAAAAUUUUCAAGAACAUUGAGACAGGAUGAACAUGGGAUAAAUGCCUUUCCAACAAUUUACCCCCAGCAGCGGAAGCAGGAAGACUUAUAUGGCCCCUCAUCAUCUUCAUCGCCAGCAAAGGCAACAAAGCCUGGCAGAGGCAGCGCCCAUCGACAGUUGAUACGUGAUGUUCUUCGGGAAGAUGUAAGCCUGCCUGCAGUCUCAGAAAACGAUGAUCAAAGUGUUCCUGAGGAGAAUGAGCAAGAAACUUUCCUAACUGAAAAUGAACUAAUCAAUGAUUUUUCAACUCAGACAGUGUGCUGGAGACGUGCUCACACAUGUGUUGUGGGAAAUUAGUAACUUAUUAGUACGUAUAGAUUUAGUUAUCCGCAUGUUUAAGGAACCAAUGUAGAUACUUACAGAUACAGUAAAAUUAAUAGACUCGUGGAAACAGAAAUUAAUGCACACAACAUCCUGCAUGAUGCACAGGCACAUGGUUAAAUCGCAGUAAAAACCGUAAGCAAAGCAGAUUAAUCAGUAUUAUUAGAUAAUUGGAGCAAAUUCGUAUAAAAGAUUUAAAUAGAAACACUAAAGUAGAGUUAGAGUCGCUCGAAAUGUAGGUAAGAGACGAGCAACGUAGAGUCACCUAAUAAUUGUAUGUGGAAUGAAACAGAAAAUUAAAGAUGUACGAAAACGAUAUGGUCUUCUUCUUGAGAAAUUCGGUUCACUUCUGAAACCUCUUUCGAAUCAGUAGAGUGAAGCAAUUAAUGCAACAGACAGAAGCCUGGUUGGUUGCACCUGUUGAAGGAAAACAGGAAAUUUCACAACUAUUGGGUGAAUGCAAAAAUGAAUUAGAAGUGGAAAGGAAAGAAAUUACUUGGUUGCAAGCUGCCUCAGGUAUUGUCCAGAGGAGGUGCGAAGCUAGGUAGAUAUUUUUAUGGUAGAUAUUUUUCCUGAAGAAGCUCAUGGCCGAAAUUUGCAAAAUUUGCGGCACAGUUUCAAACGGUAAGAGGUCAUCCAAGUUUUUCAUGAAAGUUUCAGAGUUCCUAGAAACCUCUAAUUUCCUCUCCUAGUAUAACCUAAUCUCAUAUUUACGGCUUUGAAAUUACUUAAAUGACCAAAAUUGAGUUGUAAUCCACAUAUGGUUUAGGCCCAUCUUACGCAUUUGGUCAAAUGUAUGUUUUCUUGGGCCGUGUAUUUCCUUUCUUUUGUGGGGACAUAUUCAGUUUAUGUGUAAAUUAGGUCACUACAAGUCUGACGCUAUUAAAAUUUCUAUUGGUCCCCAUUGGUCCCCACAGCUAAUGGGUGAAAUUACCUUUUAAAAAAUGUCAGUUUUGGCGGUGUUUCACGAACCCGCCAUUUAAAUUCCCUAUGUUUAUAUGUGUUGUGUGUAGAAAUGUAAAGUUAAAGUUGCCUUUCAAUAUUGGUUUUCUUAUGCCAUGUUCACAGCCAUAUGCCUGGAACGUGUUUUCUUUUCUACGAAGACAUAAUACUGAGUGCUAGUGUUAAAUAAAUUUAAAAUUCAGGCUAAAACUCUACUAUCAGUUUGGAAAAUUGCACAGAUAAAGUUAAAUGCAAGUUUAGGGGUCAUCCACAAAUAUUUUCUGUCCCAGUUAAAUUAAUUUGCAGUUAAAGGGGGGGGGGUAUGAGUUCAGCUGGAACUUCAAAGAAUUCUACAUUUUGCACAAGGAUGGCUUUUGCCUACAAUGACCAAAGCUAGUUUCUAGCUGUUUGUGCAUUUUCACCACACAAAUAUUUUUCUUUGUAGGCCAGAGGCACAAAGGAAUAUAAAUCCUAAUGGUACAAAAUGAAUUAGACAAGUGAAAAACGUAGGCACUCUAAAGAAGGAGAGAAUUUCCUUUGUUAUGUUUUAUAAAAGCCAUUUCAGAAGCACUCAGCACAGCAGAUAAACCAUGUCCAGCAAACAAGACCCUCCACACCAAGCAGACUUAACAAAAGAUACUUAGAGGAAACAACUUAUAUAAUAAGAAAAAACUUGUGAAAUCCUAUUACACCUGUGCCUUGCAGUGAUACACUGUUUGAUGUAAUUGCUCACUGGCCUCAGAAAUCAAAAAAGAAACAUGGAUGUUGCUGUCAUUGUGCUAAUAGAUAUUCCAAGAUAUAUUGCAGCAAGUGUCAAGUUUGCCUAAGUCUGAGAUGUUGGAAUUAUGCAAAUAAAACUUUAUCAUAUGCAUAUUCUUUUUUUUGAAACAAUAUGCAUACCACUUUUUUAUAAACAGAACAAAAUGCAACUAAUAGAAUAUGAAAAUUAAUAAAAUCAAUUUAUGUAAAUGUCACAAGUAUAGAUACAUGUAUUCCUACUGUUGAUUUUUGAUAAUGGAAUGUCUUGAUGUGUUCAUGUGUAUUUAUCACAGUUAUCUUCCUUUAAAGAUUAAGAAUCAAUAGAUUUAAAGUUUACUUAUAUUAAACCCUCUUUUUCUCACAGUUUGGAAUUGCUAUUACCCGGACUGUGAAAAUUUUUUUGUGGCCUUAUUUUGACAAACUUGAUAUGAAGAAACUGCAAAAAUUUCAUAUGAUAACAUUUAGAUGAAAAUUUGCAAAAUUGUCAAAAAAUAUUUUUCAUUAAUUGAAAGGGCUGGAUCACAUCAAAAAUCUUUACAUUGCAAAAUAAAAUUAUGACCUUUAUGAUGAUGAGAAAACGUCAAUUUCAUUGAAAAAGUUAGUAGGUACUUCUGAAAAUCAUGGAACUUUUGGUACCAUUAGGAAACAAUCUAGCAUAUUUUCCACAAAGCAAACCAUCAAAAAUAACAAGGAAAACAACAAUUAUUUUGCAAAUAUCUUUGUUACUGAAUUGUUUAAUGAAAUUGUCUACAAUUUACUACCAUAUUACACAAUUUUUGUUGUGCAUAUCUUGUUUUAUAGGAUUAAACUAAAAGUUUAUAAAAUGCCCCAUGUAUAAUGGUUUUGUAUACAUC